AUGAGGGAAGUGUUCUUUUAUGUUGUAGGAUCUGUGUUAUCAGGUGCUGAAAGUGAGUUGGGAGAUGGAUCUGUGUUAGGUGCUCAAAUCGGGUUUGGGGAUGGUGAUGGGUUAGGGGACGAAACUAGUUUGGGGGAUGGUGUUGGGUUAGGGCCUGAAACUGGUUUGAGGGAUGGUGAGGAAUUAGGUGUUGAAACUGAGUUGAGGGAUGGUAAGGGAUUAUGUGCUGAAACUGGGUUGGGGGAUGGUGAUGGGCUAGAUGCUAAAACUGGGAUGAGAGAUGGUGAAGGGUUAGGUGCUAAAACUGGGAUGGGAGAUGGUGAAGGGUUAGGGGAUUGUGAGCCAAAUGAAUGUCAUGAGCAAACUCAAGGUGUAGAUCAAAGUUACGUAGAUGAAUUUGUGAGAGAGUUAUCAGAAAGUGAUGUCAAUGAUGGGGAAAUAGAGAAUGGAGGAACAGAUGAUAGUGAUGAUGAUUUAUAUGAGUUUGAAUAUGACAUGGAGGAUGAGCAAGUGGAGGAGAUGAGUGAACCUGCCCCAGCAAUUCUAACCCAAGAAAGUGUUGCUCCAGCAAAGGAUAAAUCCAAGCAGAAAUCAAAGGGUGGACACAAUUCAAACCUUGCCAUUUUUUCCUUCAGCGACCCAAUUUCAGAUUCAAGUUUUGCAGACGUGAUUUUGCCUUCAGCUUCCAUUUUCCCUAUCUCAGUUGUGUCGUACCAUGAAAAAAAAGGCAUCCCCCCGCUCCAUCUGACCUCCAAUCUUUACAGCCAUAGAACUUUCUUCCAGGAUUUGAGCUUGUUUUUGAAGCCCUUAGCUUCGCUGGGAAGCCGCAACGGCAUAAAAUGUUCGAUGACGAACCUUGCGAACAAGAAGACAUGA